AUGAAUCUAGGUGAUUUGCUUGGAAAUCAGCGUAAAUCAGAACCUAACGUGGUUCUUAUGAUGCGUCUAUUAACGUUACUUAUAAUUGCAUCAUGUUUCAUCUUGUAUAUCGCGAUGUUAAUAAUGGAUGUGAAUAAUGAACUCCCUAUGAUUAUAACUUCAGAAGAUCCCGUAGAUUCGCUUGCGCUUCCCGAUGUCGUUAUUUCAUUUGAUAAUCCUUUUCGAAUGUAUUGUACUUUCACAUGGAUAUAUAAUGAGGUUUCUCAAAGAAUCGAAAAUGAAACUUGUAUGAAUUAUGUGACUUCUCCACAAUAUAUUCAAGGGGAAUAUCGAGGUUAUUUUUCUUUAAAUGAUAAUUCAACUUUAUUUACCUUCCCUAAACUUAAUGAAGAACGAUUAGAUAGUCUGUCAUUAACGGUGCUGGUUGAUGAUCCAAAUUUUAAUGCUUCAACAUUUGAUCCCACGCCGCCUUAUGUUUUUAUUUUUGAUUCAGAGAAUAAUCCUAUAAAGUUAUCGGAUGGUACAUUAAAUUUAACAGUGUUAAAUGUCUCUCAAGCAACAAAUUAUGAACGAAAGUUGUUAUUUAGUAAUCGGUUUAUAAUGCCAGAUCGAUUGCCUUUUUGGAGAGAUAUCGAAUAUGAUAUUGUACCUUAUUACUGA